AUGCCCGAGUUUGUGGCGGGGUUGCCAAAGGCGGAGCUGCACCUGCACAUCGAGGGCUCGCUCACGCCAGCGCGAGCGUACGCCAUAGCGAAGCGCAACGGGCUUGAUCUCGACGCCUUUGAUCCAGAGAAGGGCGCUGCCGCACGCCGCGAGUUCACCUCACUCGUGCCGUUCCUCAUCGAGUACGGAAAGUGCUCCGGCGUCAUGCGGAAGGAGGCGGAUUUCUACGACAUGAUGUACGAUUAUCUCGAGCGGGCCGCCGAGAAUGGCGUCGUGCAUGCAGAGAUCUUUUUUGAUCCGCAGACGCACUGCUACACAGACAUCCUUGAGUUCAAGACGGUGAUCACCGGCCUGACAAAGGCGCUUGAGGAGGGCCGCAAGACGCUGGGCGUCGACGGGAAGCUCAUCCUCUGCUUCCUUCGCGACCGCUCAGUCGAGGAGGCGCUGCAGGUACUCGAGGACGCGAGGCCGUACAUGGAAGUCAAGAGUCCCGUGUACACGCCCGAUCUCCUUGGGGUGGGCAUGGACAACGCGGAGCUCGGUUUCCGGCCUGGUCGCUUCAAGCCCGCGUACGACAAGGCGCGUCACGCGCGCGAGGCGGGGCUGCACUGCGUUGCGCACGCGGGCGAGGAGGGGGAUGCGUCGUACAUCACCGAAGCGCUCGACGACCUGAAGAUCGAGCGCGUCGACCACGGCGUGCGGUGCCUCGAGGACCCGGCCGUCGUGGAGCGGCUCGUCAAGGCGCAGACGCCCUUGACUGUCUGCCCCUGCUCAAACCACCGGCUCCAAGUGUACCCGCGCUUCUUCUGCGGCGAGAACGCCGUGCGCCAGCUGCUCAGCCGGGGCGUCAAGGUGACGGUCAACUCAGACGACCCAGCCUACUUCUUCAUGGGCAACGUCAGCGCUGCCGGCCGCGCCUGCGAUGCGAGCGCAUAUGAUGGGUUUCUUGCCUCCAACUAUGUGCGGACCCUCGCCCUCAACUCGUUCGACGCUUCCUUCAUCAGCGAGGACGAUAAGAAGGCGCACAAGGCCAAGGUUGCGGAAUACUGCAAGGGCUGGCGACCGGCUUGCCCUCCGGCGGCAUGA